AAGAUGGCGGAAGCAACACCCAAGAAACCUCCUGAUUGGAAACAUUUGACUGAAACUGUUCACGACGCUGAAUCUUUGAGACAAGAAUCAAUAAAUGCCCAACACGACCAUCUUAUAACCGAAAUUGAAACUUCUGAUGGCCCUUUAGGAACGACGUUGAGAGCUGUUUAUGAAGGAGAUGAAUUAAGCAAAUUCAGAAUUCGACUUGAUGACAAAAUCAGAAACCAUGAUCGUGAAAUUGAGCGCAUGUGUAAUUUUCACUACCAAGGUUUUAUUGACUCAAUCAGAGAACUUUUAACAGUACGACAAGAUGCUGCCAGGUUAAAGGAUGAAGUUAAGCAGGUAGACCAACAUCUCCAAGAAUCAUGUGUUCCACUUAUGACAAAAGGAGAAGAACUGGUCAAAUGUAGGAGAAUACAAGGCAAUAUUGCCACAGCUGUGGAGAGUCUAAAUUUGUGUCUUCCAGUUCUUGAAAUGUACCGUAAACUACAAGAACAGAUGACAAGUCGAAGGUUUUAUCCUGCAUUGAAAACAUUGGAACAAUUAGAGCAUACAUACCUACCAAGAGUUAACUCCCAUUGGUUUGCUCAGACAAUGGCUGAUGAUAUACCUAAACAGAGAGAAAGUAUCAAAGAAGCUUCUAUGUCUGACCUGAAAGAUUUCCUAGAAAAUAUUAGAAAGCAUUCUGGAAAAAUUGGAGAAGUUGCCAUGUUGCAUGCAGCUGAACAAAAUAAUAUGGAUCCUGCAAUUGUAAAAGCUACUCGCAAGAAAGUGAAAAAGAGAAGAGCCCCUCCCCCACCAAACCCCUUCACAGGGGAAGUAGAUGCCCCACCUUCUCCAGUCAUCCAGGAUGAGGAGGAAGAAAUAGAAGAUAGUGCAGAACUAAGUGCCCAAGAUCUGAUAGAUUUCUCUCCUGUGUAUAGGUGCUUACAUAUAUACAGUGUAUUGGGAGAUCGUGAAAGAUUUGAAACAUAUUAUAGAAAACAGAGAUGGAAGCAAGCUAGGCUGUCAUUACAACCACCGUCAAAUAUGCAUGAGUCUUUAGAUAGUUUUAAAAGAUAUUUUCAUGAUAUUGUUGGUUUUUUCGUUGUUGAAGAUCAUAUUUUAAAUACAACACAAGGACUUGUUAAUCGGGCUUACAUUGAUGAACUGUGGGAAAUGGCAGUAUCAAAACUAGCAGCAUCCCUACGAACAAACACAGUACAGUGUAAAGAUACCAGUAUGUUGUUGGAUGUCAAGAACUUAAUUAUCUUGUUUUGCCACACCUUAAGGGGCUAUGGCUUUAGUGUUGGCCAUGUACUGGAGCUGCUGCUUGAAAUGAGAGACCAGUAUAAUGACGUACUGACACGGCAGUGGGUAGACAUUUUUAAUGAAAUCUUCAGUGAAGAUAACUAUACCCCAAUCUAUGUUGAAACCAUAGAGGCGUAUACAGAUAUUGUCACCCAGUUUCCGAUCCAGGAUGAAAACUUGGAAAGGUUCUUCAAACUGGAGGAAUCUUUUCCAAAGAGAUUUCCAUUCUCUGAAUUUGUCCCUGAUGUUUACAAUCAAGUCAAAGCAUACAUCAAUGCAUGUUUAAAAUACUCAGCAGAUCUGCAUUUAAGUCACACAGAAAUUGAUGAUAUGAUAAGAAAAUCAACAAAUUUGCUGUUGACUCGAACACUUGGGAGUUGUUUGUCUUCUCUUAUAAAAAAACCUAGUCUUACAUUGUUACAGUUAAUACAGAUUUCAAUAAACAUGAACUACUUAGAGAAAUCAUGUUUAUAUUUAGAAGAAUAUAUUUCCAGUAUAACUGGUGCUCAAAAUGACAGUGUUCAUAUGGCAAGAUUACAUGGUACAACCAUGUUUAAGGAUGCAAAAAGUGAUGCAGAGGAACAUAUAUACAAACAGCUUAAUUUGAAAAUAGAUGAAUUUUUGGAUCUUGCAAGCUAUGAUUGGUUGCUACCAGAAGCCAAAGGUCAUGCCAGUGGCUAUGUCAUAGAUUUAGUGGCAUUCCUACAAAGUACCUUUAUGUCUUUCACAAAUUUACCUGAUAUAUAUUUACAUCUAUUGGAAAAGGUAGCCAAAACUGCCUGUAUGUCAGCUUGUAAACACAUAGCUAACAGUCUUAAAGAAUUCCUGUUGGACAACGAAAUACGACAACUGACAAUGGGAUCACUUCAACAGUUCAACCUAGAUCUUAUACAGUGUGAACAGUUUGCAGCAUCAGAACCUAUUCCUGGGGCAAAUGAUGGGAAUCUGCUGCUUGCCUUUGCUGGCAUUAGACAGUUACUUGAUUUGUUCCUGAAUUGGGAUUGGUCUUUGUAUUUAGCAGAUUAUGGACAAACAAAUUCUAAAUAUGUUAGAGUACAACCACAAGUGGCAUUAAGUUUAUUAGAAAAAUUACAUAAUGCUGAUAAAAAGAAAAACACCAUUUUUGGGUCCCUGAAUAAAAAAGAAAGAGACAAGAAGAAAUUAUUGGACACUGUAUUGAAACAGUUAAGAGGUUUAGUGAAUGGCUCAACUCAGCAAAUACAAGGGUGACAUUUCCUUGCAGAGUAGACAAGUUAACAAAAUAUUUAAAGAUGUGCCAUGUAUAAAACCAGUGGAUGGCAGAAUUGAGUUAGCCAAAUGUCUUUCAGAGAGGAGGAUAGAGAGAAAUAAGAUUUAAUCUCGUCAGAUUAUUUAUUACAUGGGAGAUAAUUUGAAGGCUAGAGUUUCAGUGGAAUAUCACUGCCUCUUAUGCCAUUUUGCUGACCUGUGAUCAGAUUUCAUGAUAACCUUGUAUUUAGAUGAUCCCACAAUUUCCUAUGCUAUCUGUGAUCAUUUCCAUGGUAUUUUAUUAUAGUAUUUGUUAAGUUUGACUUUAAUUUACCUUGUUGACCAUUUUACUAUUGACCAGUAUGUUAUUGCUUAGCAACUGAAGUGGUCUUUUUCAAUCUUCAAAUUCCAUCUUUUUACAUGUAUAUUUCAAGUUGUCUGUUAUCAGUUGGAAUUUCUGGUUCAAGAUUGUUCUGUACGUUUUCCUGGACCUGCAUUGCUAUCAUUUGCUCCAACAACAUUAGAUGGUCUUAAGCUUGGAAUAGGGGCAUGUUUCAUUUAUGAUUGUGAUCAGAAAUCUACCUUAUUCCUCUACAGUUACAAUCAGAUGAUAUAAUGCUUCAAAAAACUGAAUGUGUCAAGUCAUAAAAAAAAUAUCAAUUUAUUUCUGUUGAAUUUGAUGCUUUAUAAUGAUACAGUACCAUGCAAGUAUCGUGUUUACUGUUGAAGAAGCGGCUUAAUCUGAAACCAUGAAAAAUAUUUCAUUCACAAGUGGCAUAUUCUACUGCCAUUUAAAUUAAGUUGAGGGAUAGUCGAUCAGUAUAAAAGUAUAUAUAUCCCCAUAGCAUAUAUUAAGCAUCAAGAAAAUAAUGUUGUAAAGUGUAUAUCUGGUUUACAAUGUCCAAGGCUUUUUGGCUAUGAAUACAAGUAAAUUAAGAUUUACAUCAGAUAUUUUUAAAGCUACACAAUGAGAGCAUAGUUUAAGUAUAUGAAUUUCAAUUAUUAUCUUUAAUGCAUUUUGUAGCGCUAUUAAAAAGAAGUUUUAAAGAUAAGUUUUGUGUUCGAUUGGUAUUUUAAUCAGCUUGUUUCAUUUAUAUCUAGAUCUGUAAAAGUCAUAUCAUUAUAUAUGUUUGAAUAGUUUCUGAUCAUAUCAAUAAAUCAUUUGUUAAAAAUAUAAUUAGUAUUUCAAAAUGGCCAUAUAUGUUUCAUUUACUUGUAUUUAUCUGUCAGACUGUAAUUAAAAGAUACGCUGGAAUGAUUAAGAUACGCUGGAAUGAUUUUUUUUAAAUUAUUUUGAUUAAACUUCAAAUUAUCUUGCAUAUUUAAAUGGAUUUCACCAAUUAGUAACUUCUUCAGUUAUAGGAAAUAAAUAAUUUGUUUAUGUCAUGGUGAGAAUUAUUUUCAGCAUAGACGGUUUCAGCAUUUAUGUGCAGUUUGGACCAAAUAAAAUUUUGAUAAUGUCAUAAUUUCCUUAUAAUACUUUGAUAACAGAAUUUUCCUUAGUAAAUGAAAAACUGUGCUGAGGAGUAAAAAAAGAACUUUUCACAUUCAUUGCUUGUUCUUAUUUAAAUUCAUAUAAAGCAAAUGAAUGAAUAUAGUCGUUUAGUGUUAAUGUAGCAACUAAGCCAUAUUUUUUUGUCCGCAUGUUCUAGUAUAUACAAAAGCAAAUGCUGAUUUUCAAGUUAUGCUAAUUUUUGCUGUUUUUCAGUUGUCCUACAAAAGUGAGAUAAAAAGUAUCUUGAAAAAACUACAUUUCAAGUUAAAUACAUAUCAUGAUUAUUGUCAAAACCUGUUAGCAAAUAUACUCACGAGUAUACUGUUACUUUGAAAACCAUGAAGAUUUGAUGUUGUGAAAAAUUGAUAUGUCAAAGAAAACCAGAUCAUGUAGGAAUACAAAAUGUAUUUACGGUAAAUGGGUUAAUUGUUAUGGUCAUGAAAUCCCAUGUUGGAUGUUUAAUUGAAAACUAUGAUGAAGGAUAUAGUUGUUGAGUUUUUAUUAUUAUUUAUGAAGUACUAAUCUUUCAUGGGUUUAGGUGAACCACAAUUUCAGAGUUAACAAAAUACAAGUUUGGUAUAGACAUGCUUGUAUGCAGAAUUCACAUCAAAAUCAAGUUUCUAUAAAAAUAGAAUUUUUCCCCAAUCCAAGAAUAUUGGUACAUGUACCAACAAAAAUAAAUGAAUCUAAAGUAUGUAUACCUAGUGGCUGUCUGUAAAAUUCACUCCAGAAAAAUCAAUGAAGGACUGUCUUCUUAUUUUGUAGUCAGAAAACUUUAUAAUUUAACUUAAACUUUGGUAAAAAUAACCUUGACAGCAAAAGUCAAUGUUAAUCAUUGUAUCCAUCUAAAUAUUAUGCAAUACUUUCAUAAAUUUAGUAUGUAAAAAGUGUAAAAAAAAUAAUCCCACUUUUUAAAUAUGACUUUGUGGUAAGAUUAAAUACAAUGACAUAUUUUGGGGUCAUUCCUUAUACAUGGCCCUGCGACAUCCAUCAUUUUAGCACUGAUUCCUUAAUCGUUUGAUGAUUUAUGAAGAGGUUUGAAACACGCAUCACAGCUAGGGUAGGGAUUCAUUUUGACAGAUUUGAAUUUACUUACAAUGUAGAUAACUUUCAAAACUACUGGGUUUUUGAUUGGUCACCUCAACCAUGAAAUUAAAAUGUAUGUGGAAUCCACAGGUACAAUAGACUGUCAAUUAAAUUCAUAUUAGUCACAAAUUAAAGCACCAUUGACCCUCAGAUAUGAAAAUCGGUAUCAAUAAAAGCUAGACAAAUUAUUAAAAAUACCUCCCAGCUUUUCGUGUUUUAUGUUAAAAUUAUUAAUUUCUGUUUAAAGAACAUGCUUCUAAUGAAUUUUUUUGUUAAAUGCCUUAUUGAAGAGACAUAGGUAAUUUUAAAAUUCUACAAUUAUGUAGGAAUGAUUAAGAGUUUGCUUAAUUGAAUAUGAAGAAUUUUAAAAUGAAAUUAUAAAAGUAAACUAAAAGGAUCUUUUAUCAAAGAAUGGAAAAGUUGCCAAGUUUUGUUACAUAAAAAGUGCAUUUGUAGAUGAAAUAAAAUAGAAUAAUUAAUUUUAGAUUGACGAAUUAAAGUUAGGUUUUAUGUAUUGCUUUUUUAUAAAAUUUUUUUUACAAUUGAUAGUCUAAUGAUAAGCUGUCGCAGAUAAUGACCAAUAAUAUUGAACCUGUAUGACCUUUGUUGAAAGGUUUCAAAGUACUUAAGGAUUAUUGGAUGCAAUGGAUUUUUAUUGUGGUUUAAAUGUCAAUUUAGGUGCCACAUCGAUUCCUAACAAUAAAUAAAUAUUGGACAUCAUGCUUUGCAACUAUUUAUAUAUUAAACUCACACCUUAUGAAUAUUAAUGUGGAUUAUGUUGACACUUUGAGGAAUGCAAAAUUCUUUUUUAUUGAAAAAGAUAAAUUUUGGACAAUGAAGAAAAAUAAGACAUGCAAGUCAAAAUGGCCUGAAGUACACUGACCUUGCAUAAACAUUGUAAAUUGCACUUGUAAUGUGAGGGAUUUUGCAUUUGCAAAUAUAGGUGUCCUGUUUUCGAACCUUUAAAUGAGGAUCCUCCCUUUGUAUUGGAAUAUUGGAAUAAGAGAGUUGUUGCACCUAUUUCCCCUCAAUAUCUGGGAUAUUUCAUUAGAAUUUUUGAAGUUACAUUAGACCUGUUUGAAAUAUGUCUGUCAUCAUGAAUGAAUUAAGUUAUAAGUUGACAUGAGCACUAUGUACAGUAGAAACAAUAGGUCUACAGGUUAAUUAGAGUAACAACUGACUGAAGCUGUUCAAAAGAUAGGAAUAUGAAGACCAUUUCCAAGAUAGACCACAUUCCCCCUGAAAGUGAUAAGACAUUUUGAUAAUAGGACACACACUUGAUCACAAUGGCAUUAGGUCUUAGUUUUUAAAAUACAUCAUAAUUAACAUAUAUAGGACCACGUCUGCUAGAAAUUGACUGAUAUAACCUAAAAAAUUACAGCGAUAUUAAGUUUUUUUUAAGGAUAAGUCUGAUAUAACCUAAAAAAUUACAGUGAUAUGAAGUUUUUUCCAAGUAGUUGUAAGUACUGAUAAUUGAACUGAAAAUAUUAUAGUUUUUGGUUUUUCAAGUUACUAUAACAACACAUUAUUGACCUUCAAGAUAGUUUAAGUACCAUGAUGCUUUAGCUAUCUAUUUUGGGCAUUUUAGUAUUAUGUUAGUAUAGUAUUAUUUCAGUUAGUAUUUGCAUUAAAAAUAUAUCUCAUAUUUUUCAUAUGUCAGUAAAUAUGUGCUCUAUAGUAUUGCUAUGCAAUUAUAUGUUUUCUUUAUUGUUAUUGCAUACAGAUAAGUGCUUUAGAUUGUAAUAAGAAAGAAUUGUAAUUUUUGUCACAAAUAGAUAUGCUUUUUGUUUAUAAAAAAAAAUUUAAGAUGAUAGUGCUAUUGAUGUCAGAUCUUAAUGUCUUUACGAUACCUCUGCUGGUGGACUUUCAGUCCCUGAGGGUAUCACCAGCUCAGAAGUCAGUACUUCGGUACUGACAUGAUUUAUAACAAACUUUCUAAAAUUGUCCAUUUAUAAAUUUUGAAAUUAUAAAAAAACUAAGGUUUCAACUCCCUCAAGCUCAGGCAAAGUUGACCUAAGAUGGAUUUUUUAGGUCCUUAUUGAUCAUAUAGCUCUUCAACUGUUUUGGUUCAUAUACAUCCUUGGCUUCAAAUAUUCGGCUUUGUGCGUUCCUGAUGAAGGUAAAUCCAGAAAAGCGCUUCGGACGCAUGAAAUUUAUAACAUGUUAUUUUUAUUUUUACUGUAUUAUAAACUUAUGUUAUGAACAAAUAUUUCUGUGAUAUUUAGGCCCACCUUUUUUAAAUUCCAAGAAUCGACCCUGAAAAGAACAAUCUACUAAGAUUCAAAAAUAAAAUUUGUUUGAUGAUAACAGAAAAAGAUAUAGAUUUAAAACAUUCUGGUAUUCAUCAUUCUAGACGGAAGUUGGCUUCAAAGAGAUAUUUGAGGCAUCAUAAAUGAAAUAUCUUCCUUUAUGUAGGUACUUUUUCAUAAGGGGACACCUGUAGAUAUUUUGAAGAAAUUUAAGUUGUUUUCCUCUCUUUUCAGGUUUGUAAACAAUAUUCAGGUGGUCUUCAACUUAGCUAUAAUAUGAUCAUUGUACUACACUUUGUGUAUAUGUAUGUUGAAGGUUUUUAUUCCCUCUUCUGUUAAUCAAACAAUUUAUUUACUUGAUAUUGUUUAGUUAAUACAUUUACAUUCAGAAACAAAUAGAAUUUUAACCUAAUUUUGAGAUAUCUUUUGCUUCUGCUAUGUCUAUCUUAUUAGAAUGAUUCAUACUUUAAUUACUUGCAACAUUUUUUUUUCAAUCUAUGUUUCCAAAUUGAUUUGCAUUAAGUACAUGUGCUUAUAAUUUGAUUGUCUUGUUGCGAUUUGAUUUUUUUUUUCCAUUUUUGUAUUUAUAGCCUCCUACUCAUUAUUAUUCAUUUUAAUCACAGUUUAUUUUUGCUAAGAAAAAAGAAUGAAGUAGAUUUAAAAGACAACAAAGAUUGAAACUGUUUGCAUUGUGCUGAUAAUUGUUGCUAUAUGAUUUUGUUUUUUGUAUGUAUAGCCUCCCACACACCAGUGUUCAUUUUAAUCAUAGUUUUGAUUCUGUAAGAAAGAAAAAAACGAAACAAAAUUUAAAAGACAACAAAGAUUGAUAAAAGAAGUAAGAAACAGUCAAACUGAAAGCAUGUAUUCAAUUAAAGUUCCCUAAUGUCAAUAGAUGCUUCCUGGGAAAAGUAAAUUCUCAUCUGUCAAGAUGUUGACACAACCUUUUCUUUGUAUGUUUAUCUAACAUUAUUUAUUGGUGCACUACUGUUUGUGUUAACUGUGUAAAUUGUAUAACUUGUUCAUAAUUGUAACAUAUUGUUGAUUGCUUUUAAUUUGUGUAAGCUUUCAUUAUGAAAGCUGUUUUUGAAAGUGCAAUAUCAAAUAAAGACCCAAUAAAAAUACAUAAAGACACUUUG